UGAGAAAAAGAACAUUCAAGACACGAAAAAUUAACCAAGACUAUUAAAAACAGCCUGCAGUCUGAGAAAAGUUGAAAAAUAGGAUGAAUUAUUUAAAAAAGCCAUAGAAUAUACCGGUCACUAUUAAAACAACUAUUGUUUUAUGUGUGUGUGUGUGUGUGUGUGUGUGUGGUCUGGGUGUCAGUGGGUGGAGAGACCUCAUCAAUCAUCUGAUGCCUUCAAGUUCUCCUGGUAAACUCCUACCUCCUAAUGCAGGAAGUCAUAAAUACAACUCACUGAUGCGUUCAGGUGCUGUUGGUGGGAGACAACAUGGACUGUGUCAAAAGUAGUUUUUAGACAUCAGGCUUCACUGGGCUGCAGAAUAAAGAGGAAAGAAACAAGUCAGGAAGUUCACCUUUAAUUAAUUCAACCUGUGGGGAUUGACAAAUUACAAAUCCAGAUUAGGACUGAGAUUUUUCAGAUUAUUCUGGAGAUCAGAAGUUGAAUUGAAUUAAUGUGUUACAAAGUAGUCCGAUCUUUAACAUAAGUAAAAGUAAUAAAUACCACAUUAAAAAAAAAUACUCAAAUUAAUUCCUGUUUAUGGGCUAUUAUUGGAUUGUCAUUGGUAAUAAAUAGCAUUUUAAUGUUGUAGAUUGAUGUGGUGGAAUUUAUUUUAACUAUAGACAUCUGAAAUCUGGUGUUGAAACAAUUUGUUGAUUAAUUGAUUAGUCAAAUUGCAGAAAAUCAAUAGCAAAAAAGUUUAAUAAUUGACUAAUUGUGUAAGUUGUUUAUUAAGAAAACUGUCAAUAAAACAUAAGACAACAUAGAAACAUAAAAUGUAAAUACUGAAGUACAAGUACCUCAAAAUUGUAUGCCUAUGUACGUCUAUGUAGUACAUUAGUUAAGCUACUUUUCUUCAGAAUUAGCCUACAAGGACAUUUGAAAUAAAUAAAUCACUUCAGUUGAACUAUAUAAAAUUAUAUUGUUAUUUUUUCUAUUCAUAAUUUAGUUUUUUCUUAAGAUAGCUUUAAUUUUCCUCAUUUUGUUAUUUUAUUCAAAAUUAUUUGAUUUUUCGCUUCAUUAUAUCUAUAAUUGCAGUCCUAAUGUAUUUUGUCUUUGACUUAUAUAAAGCACUUCACACAAAAACGUGCUUAUUUAUUGUCUUAACAAAUCAAAAUUAAACACCGAGUAAAAAAAUAUGUGGUCAGACAUUUAUAAUGUCUCUUCUUUCAUCUCAGAACUGUUUUGGUUUGUUGUUAUAAAUCAAACUAUCACUUUUGAGCAACUUAUGACCCUCACCGUUAACCUUGGUUAUAUUUUUGCCAUUGUGCAUAUUUAGAUUUAUAUGUUUGUUGAUUUUUUUAUUUAUUGUCCACUUGUUGGUAUGAUCAUUCUUUUUCUUUAUUUUUCUUUAUAUUCUAUAUGUUCGAAAUAAAUUUUGAAAUGAAAAAUGAAAUAAAAUGGAGUUUACAGAACUGACAGUUUGUUACACAGAAAAUCUGCAUUUUUUUCUCUUCAAAUCUCUUCCUUUGAAAUCUCUUCUGUGCAGCUCCAGGUAUCGAAUCGUGACAUUUCCUGACGCCCCUGAACGCAUCACCAGGAGUGCCCCUGUGUGUGUGUGUGAUGAGGAGCUGCUGCAGCUCCAGACGGACUUUAUUCCGUCCUGCUUCUCAGAGCAGCCUGCAGCCGCACUUCAUAACACCGGACAAGUUUCUCCUCUGAAGGACGAUUCGGAUUACUCUUGGGUUUUUAUUUUGUUUCUUCUUUUAGAGGCAGCAGAGAUGGCACCUGUGAAACUUUGAAAAAGAAAAGAAAAAUGUGCCUGAAAGCUGUUUUUACAUUUUACUGAGGGAAUAAACGUCAAGUGGAUUUUACGCACCGGGACGCAGAGAGACUGGAGACUUUUUAUGCUCACUUUAAACCUUAAUUUAACAUUUCCCUGGACAGCUUUACGCCUUUUUUUUUUUUUUUUUUACCAACUGUGAGUCUCAUAAUGCGACUUUUUCUGUCGUUUGCAACCAGGGCUGGUGAAAAUGUUACAAGGUCGUUAAAUUUAUUGGAUCGUGACCAGCAGGAGAUGAACUUUCUCCGUAAUGAUUGAGAGAGCUCUGGUGAAUGAUUGACAGCAGAGGGAGGCUCGGCCUGGUGCUCUGUGGACCUUUAUAUGGACCAACUGGAUUUACCAGCCUGGAGUUCAACUUGUUUCUGUUUUUAAUCAUUAAGAGGCUGAAAGGAGCAGAAUGAAACUCUGGUCCUGGUCUAUCCAGCAGAAGAAGAACAAUCAUCCAGGUUUCUGAGAUGAACUGAAAUCUGCUUCACCCCUUCUCUAUUACUAUUUUCAUUUUGUCUUGUUUUAAUGACUUUAAAUUAAUAAUAAAUAAAAAAAAAAAAUGGCAUCUAUGUUGAGGCCCCUGGUGCUGCUGCUGGUGCUGCUGUUCCGGUGUCCUGGUCUCACGUUAGGAGCCUCCAAGGAUCUGGUGUGUGAGCCCAUAACUGUGCCCAUGUGCAGGGGCAUCGGCUACAACCUAACCUACAUGCCCAAUCAGUUCAACCACGACACCCAGGAGGAGGUUGGGCUGGAGGUGCACCAGUUCUGGCCCCUGGUCCGGAUCCGCUGUUCUCCAGACCUGCUCUUCUUCCUGUGCAGCAUGUACACCCCGAUCUGCCUGCCGGACUACCGGAAGCCGCUGCCACCCUGCCGGUCCGUAUGCGAACGGGCCAAACGAGGCUGCUCCCCUCUGAUGAGCCAGUACGGCUUCGAGUGGCCCGAGAGGAUGAGCUGCGAGCAGCUGCCUCAGCUUGGCGACGAGACCCUGUGCAUGGACCAGAACAGUAGCGAGACCACCACCCUGGCUCCACCUUUCCCCAAGCCCACCCCUAAAGGCCGGACCAGACCCCCUAUCCCCCCGCAGUGUGAUAGGGAGUGUCGCUGUCGAGACCCCCUCGUCCCCAUCAAGAGGGAGUCCCACGCUCUGUACGGCCAGGUCCAGACCGGACCCCUACCCAACUGCGCCCAGCCCUGCCACCAACCCUACUUCUCGGCCGACGAACGCGCCUUCACCACCUUCUGGGUGGGACUCUGGUCGGUGUUGUGCUUCGUCUCUACCUUGACCACCGUCGCCACCUUCCUCAUUGACAUGGAACGCUUCAAGUACCCGGAGAGGCCCAUCAUCUUCCUGGCUGCUUGCUACCUCUUCGUGUCUUUGGGUUACAUCAUCCGUCUGGUGGCAGGUCACGAGCGAGUGGCGUGUGGCGCCAGCAGCAGCAUCGGUGGUGACCAGCUGCACAUCCUCUACGACACCACCGGCCCAGCUCUCUGCACCCUCGUCUUCUUGUUGGUGUAUUUCUUUGGCAUGGCCAGCUCCAUCUGGUGGGUGGUGCUGUCCUUCACCUGGUUUCUGGCCGCGGGAAUGAAGUGGGGCAGCGAGGCCAUCGCGGGAUACUCUCAAUACUUCCACCUCGCCGCCUGGCUCAUCCCCAGCGUCAAGACCAUCGUCGUCCUGGCUCUCAGCUCUGUGGAUGGGGACCCCGUGGCUGGAAUCUGCUACGUGGGGAACCAGAGUCUGGAGAAUCUGAGGGGAUUCGUACUCGCACCUCUUGUGGUUUACCUCUUCACCGGCUCACUUUUCUUACUCGCCGGCUUCGUUUCUCUCUUCCGCAUCCGGAGCAUCAUCAAGCAAGGCGGCACCAAAACGGACAAACUGGAGCGGCUGAUGAUCCGCAUCGGGCUCUUCACGGUGCUGUACACCGUCCCCGCCACCAUCGUGGUGGCCUGCCUGGUCUAUGAGCAGCACUACCGGCCCAGCUGGGAGCGAGCCCUGGCCUGCUCCUGCCCGUCAGAGCGCCAGCGCUCGGGCGUGGGCCCCGACUACGCCGUAUUCAUGCUUAAGUACUUGAUGUGCUUAGUGGUGGGCAUCACCUCAGGAGUCUGGAUUUGGUCAGGAAAAACCCUAGAGUCCUGGAGGAGGUUUGUGGCUCGAUGCUGCCCCUGCUGGCCGCAGAAAGCCACCGCUCCACCCUCCAUGUACAGUGAGGCCAGUACUGCUUUAACUGGACAUACUGGAACUGGGCUGACAUCAGGGAUCUACCAUAAAGCUGCUCCGUCGCAUAUAUGAACUGACUGGCACAGUUUAAGAGUCACCUCUCUGGAUACUCUGCAUCAGAAACUCAAGUAUCCAAACACCCAGAAAGUGAGUGUGGACAAACAUCUGCAGGACUGUGUGCUUGUGCAUCAUUGUCUUCUGAAUUUCAGCUCUCACAAAAACUACACGAUUGUGACAAUAUGAAUCACAAUGAACCAAACGACUCCGCGUAAAAAGGGAAAAAAAUAAAAUCAACCUGGAUAAUAGCAACACAGAAUAUUUAAAAGAGAGUCUGACUUUUGUGAAAAGUGACUCCAACAAUUGAAACUGCUUUUUGAAAUGGUCAAGAUGAAACAGCUGACCAAGACAUUUACUAAAAACAAUCUUCAGAGUUUCAUGGAUCCAUGAUGGAAUCACUCGUGCUUCUUCUUAUCUGCUUAUCCUGAGCGCUGAGAGAGAAAACCAUAUUUAUUUAUGUAUAUAAUGUAUAAAUCUGCUGUAAAAAAAAAUAGGUGUAUAAUGUGAUAUGUUUAGUUUUAACCAACCAAUGCCACUGCCACAAGCUAAGUGUAAAACACCAGAGAAACAAAUCGUGUUUGAUUUGAAUUGUAUAAACGUGUACAUAAAUGUGCAGUCUCAUGUUAAUGUUUGAGUGUGACAUCUGGUGUGUUUUGUAUGAUUACAAACCGAAACAGUGCUGAGAAUCUGUCUGUCUUUGUUUAGGUUUUAUCAGUCUUGGGAGUCAUCUGGGAAUCAAACAAAAAAGGAAUUUAGUCUUUAUAUUGGACACCGUUGUGACCUCUAAGCUGUUGUUGGUUUGUUUCUGAACUAGUUUUGGUCAUGUUGUGUGAACUACCAGGUAGCGAUCAGGUUAAAGCUGACGGAAGAAACUGACCUUGGCCUCUACCCCCAUCUGCUGGUUGACAGUGGAGCUGCUCACUUUAUGUUCUCCACAUCUCCCUAACAGAUCACCAUUAGACUACAGACCCUUAGUAGAAUAAGAUUUUGUUCUAAAUCUCUGUUAAAAGGUAGGACUUACAGCUAAAUAGUGGUUUCAAUGAAAUCUACUAUUGGAAAAGUUAUUUAUUCUUAAUUCUUUAUGAUUUCUGUUGUGACAAUUCUGCUGUGGACUCCCUUAUACCAACUCAAGGACCUCUAAAAGGUCCCUGGACCUUACUUUGACAACCAUAGCUCUACUUUUCUAGUGAUUUCAUGCCAUGGACUCUGAACCGAUAGAUGUAGGGGUCAAAGACUGUAGAUUUUUUAAGAAAUAAUUCGUUGAUCCACAGAAAACUAACCACCGACAGGUUUGAUAAUUGACUAAUUAUUAAGUAAUUUAAAGCAUAAAUGCCAAAAAUAUGUAUUGUUAGCUUCUCAAAUGCAAGCCAUUGCCGUUUUUCUCAGUUUUAUAAACACUCUAAACUGAAUAUCUGUGAGGUUUGCACUGUUGGUUGGCGAAAACAAGCAAUUUGAAGACGUCCCCAUGGUGACGUUGCAUUUCCACAAGCAAUACAAAAAUCAGCAGAUUAAUUGAUAAUGAAAAUGAUCAUUAGUUGCAGCUCCAUUUAUUGUGUAGUAGUGGUGAAAGUCAAACAUAUUAUUUUUACACAUUAUGUCGCUUUUUAUUUUUUAUAGAAGAAGAAACAAUAUUUGACAGCACCACCGUCUAAAACAUGGUGGUGAAGGGUGGCUGUAGCUCAGUGGGUUGAGUGGGUCGUCAUUUAACCACAAGGUUGGCGGUUCGGUCCACGGCUCCUACUGUCUGCAUUUUGAAGUGUCCUUGAGUGAGACACUGACCCCCAAGUUGCUCCCCAGGCACUUCACAGCAGCCCACUACCCUAAAUACUUAGGAUGGGUUAAACGCAGUAGUCAAAUUUCAUUUAUGGACCUAGGUAUAUGACGAUUGCCAUAAAAGUUUAAGUUUUUUGCUGCUUUUCGAUGAUCUAAAAAACAAGUUCAAUAUUUGAGGGUUUAGUUUGGGCUGUUGGUUUGACAAAAUAAGCACUUUUACAAGUCUAUUUUGAACAUUUGUCAUUAUUUUUGACUAUUUAUAGCAUAAACUAGGGCUGAAAGAUUUUGAAAUAAUAUGUAAUUGUGAUUAUUUUUGACUGAUGUUGCAAUUGCGAUACGAUUUGCGAUAUUAGAGGGAAUCAUAAUUUUUACUACUUUUGAGAACCACCUUUUUAUAGGUGCACCAUAUUUUUCUUGCAAGCCUAUCAGAGCAGACUGGGCUUUAUCGGGAGGGGGGGUCUUAAAGGGACAGGAGCUAAAACGGAGCGUUUUAGACGGAGGGUGAAUACAGGCAUAUUCAGACAGACAAUAUGAGAAAAAUAAUGUGUUUUUUUUAACAUUAAAGCAAGUAAACAUGUUCUAGU